GUGGGGAGAAAGAUGCUCAGGUCUCCAACCUCCAGCCCCAACCGCACACCUUGGGGUUCGGUCUGGGACCGGCCCCACCGCCCCGAGAAGUGGGGAAGUACUUGGUGGCCUCUAACCCGCUGUCGGUCCUCACCGAGCUGAUAGUGAUUGCGAGCCCGGCUUCCUCCGAUGCUUCGCGGUUUCCCCCAGCGAAGGCCGGCAAUCCCAAACUGCGUGCCUUGGCGACAGCCCUGUCCCCAGGUUUCCUGAGGUUUGGCGGCACUGAAACAGAUUUUCUCAUCUUUGAUCCCUACAAGGAUUCAACUUCGGAAGAAAAAAUCCUUUGGGAACUUCAGGCCCAGCAAGAGGCUUGUGGCUCCAGACCUGCGUUUGCUGCUGUUGAGGAGGUGCUGCGGGCCCAGUGGCCCAGCCAGGAGAAGCUGAUUCUUGCAGAGCACAACCGGAAAAAACACAAAAACACCACCAUUACAAGAAAUACGUUGGAUAUUCUCUACAGCUUUGCAAACUGCUCAGGGUUUCAUCUGAUCUUUGGGCUCAACGCCUUGCUGCGGAAAGACGGCUUGCGGUGGGACAGCUCGAAUGCCCGGGCGCUGCUGGACUACUGCUCCUCGCAGAGGUACAACAUCUCCUGGGAGCUCGGGAACGAGCCCAACAGCUUCAGAAAGAAAUCUGGGAUCUACAUCGACGGCUUCCAGCUGGGACAAGAUUUUAUUCACUUACGCCAACUUCUGAGUAACUAUAGCCUCUACCGGCACGCGAAGCUCUACGGUCCCGACGUCGGGCAGCCCCGAAAGCACACGCAGAGACUGCUGAGAAGCUUCCUGAAAUCGGGAGGGAAGGCGAUCGACUCUGUUACGUGGCACCAUUACUAUGUGAACGGACGAAGUGCAACGAGGGCGGAUUUCUUGAGCCCUGAAGUGCUGGAUACCUUCGCCACAGCUGUCCGCGAAGUCCUGGAGAUUGUUGACGGGACCGUGCCCGACAAGAAGGUCUGGCUAGGAGAGACGAGCUCUGCCUAUGGAGGGGGAGCUCCCAGGCUGUCCAACACUUACAUUGCUGGUUUUAUGUGGUUGGACAAACUUGGGCUUUCAGCCAGGCGGGGGAUUGAUGUGGUGAUGAGACAGGUUUUCUUCGGGGCAGGGACCUAUCACCUGGUGGAUGCCAACUUUGAGCCUUUGCCG